CUUAUAUAAACGCCACGCACAGACAAUAGACUCAGUUCAGUAGUACACUCAGCACAACACGGCAGAUCAACAUAGAUGACCACGUCGACAGAGCCCGCAGCAAAACCUCAGAACACCGACCAAUUUUUCUUUUGGCACAAAAUUAAUUUUUCUUCACAAAGUUAAACUACUAUUGCGCUUGUUCUAACACCGGGGUAUUGAUGUGUAAAUCGUAAAGAGUUAAUAACGUGCAUCGACUCAUCCCAAUCAGAGACAUCACUACAACACGAGACGCUCACCCGAUACAUUGCGACUUAUACGAAUAUCAGGCGUACGGGUUUGGAUAUUUACUCAACUUGUGCAGUACCUACGUGCCAAAAAAAUGAAAUCAAUAAUUAAUACUAUAUUUGUAUGCAUAUCGUUAGCAGUUGCAUUAUGUUCAACCAAUGUUUCCUCGUUCUGCGGAAACGAUGAACAGAUCGAUGGUUUACGAACGACGUUAUUAACACAGGAAGGCAUUUACACGGCAUUGACAACACUUAGCGCAAUACCAGUAACCGGUGCGACGUUAGCGUUCGCGCAAGUGGCGUUGUCCACUCGGUAUGCUGUGCAUUUGCAUGAAGCAUUUGAUGAAAUGGAAAAAUCGUUGGAUAAGGACCAUAAAGACUACGAAAAGUGUUCAGAAAUCUUGGAAAUGUCAGUAACAGCAACCACAAUAAUGAAGUCAUUUAGUUUUGGAAUGUCUAUGACGUCAAUGAUACCGGGUGUCGGUUUGGCGUUUUUAAUUCCAAGGUUAUUUACAUCGAUAUCUGCUAUGGCAGUUAUAAGAGAAAGAUUAGUAUUUUGGAAAGAUGCCGGUUGCCAAUAUGCUACAACAAGAGAUUGUAAUUUAUAGGUUAAUCAAUAAAUGUAUAUUAAUGAUAUAAAUUAAAUA